UUCCGCUAUUACGAUUGGCUGAUUUCUCGCCCCAUUUGAAGCUCGCAACUUUCUCCCUCGUGCGAUCCCGCGAUCAUACAGUCAGUUUAGCAGCGUUCCGCUCGGGCCGAUCAAGACACGGACGACCUCGCCGACAGGGAGGAGGACACGCGCAUUACUAAAUAGAAAGACAUGUCGCUGCUGAAGGAGAUUCAAGCGAACGCAGCGGUGGCCUGGAGCCCCGUGAAGCGGCGUGCGGAGCUCUUGGCGCUCGGCUCAAAGGGCGACGGCGGCGUCGGCUUUGAGAAUACCGGCGGCGAGUUCAAGCUCGUAUCCAUGGACCUAAGCGACCCGAGCCGUGGUAUGAUCACACUAGGCUCCGUCAAGACGGCGUCGCGAUUCACGUCGCUGGCCUGGCGUGACGUGCCGCGCCACCACGACACGUGUCCGUACGGUAUCAUCGCCGGUGGUAUGGCUGACGGCUCCGUGUCGCUGUGGAACCCAGCACUUAUGCUAGACCGCGAGCCUGGCACUGAUGCGCCUGCGUCCUGCGAGAUCGGCCGCAUCACGCGCCACAAGGGAGCCGUCAACGCGCUACAGUUCAAUCCGCACGAAGACAGCGCGCACCUGUUGGCUUCAGGCGGCAGUGAUGGCGAAGUUUACAUUAUGUCGCUGGAGAAACUGGCCAGCCCUGGCGUCUUCACGCCUGGAGGCCCCUCCACCCCUCAGGCACAGGCCAAUGAGAUCACCAGCGUGGCAUGGAAUACUCAAGUGAAUUAUAUCCUAGCCACAGGCUCGCAGAAUGGCUCUGUCGUUGUCUGGGACCUCAAGCAAAAGAAGCCUUGGUGCGAGUUGCGUGAUCCCGCACGAGGAGCAGCCACUGCUAUCGCCUGGAACCCCAACGAGGGACUGCAGAUCGCUACAGCCUCGGGCGAUGACCAGCAUCCGUCAGUGAAGCUCUGGGAUCUGCGCAACUCGACCAGUACGCCUCUAGCCGAGUUCCAUGACCACACUGCGGGCGUUCUGUCCAUGUCAUGGUGUCCCAACGACCCUGGGCUCAUCUUAUCGUGCGGGAAGGACAAUCGAACGCUUCUCUGGGACCUGUUUUCGCGCAAGACUGUGGCUGAAUUCCCCUCGGACGCCCCGAAUGCUCCCUCUAUGGGCUCGGACCAAUUCUUUGGCGGUGGUCUCGCCGGCCAGCGUCGUUGGAACGUUCAGUGGUCUCCCCAGGUUCCUGCAGUUGCUUCGACCUGCUCGUUGGACGGAAAGCUGCAGAUCUGGGGUCUUUCUGGUGGCGGUAACCCGGCUUGUCGCCCCCCGAAGUGGAUGCGCCGCCCGGCUGGUGCGUCAUUUGGAUUUGGUGGCAAGUUGGUGACUAUUGCGAAUCCGCAGGAACCUGCGGGCCCCAACACCGACCACCGUCGCCUUAUUCACAUGCAACGCGUGAUUAGUGACACUGGACUUGUGGCUGAGGCCGAGGCGCUGGACCGUUCGCUGGAAACGAAGGACUUUAAAGGACACUGCGAGCAGAAGAUCGCAUCAGCAGCGACACCUGAAGAGCGUAGCGUGUGGAGCUUCAUGAAGAUCCUCUUUGAGAAGGAUGCGCGUCAGCAUCUGCUGCUUCAUCUUGGCUUGGACGCGGAAAAGAUUAACGAAUUGAACGCCAAGUUUAACCCCGAGGCUGCCGCCGCACUGCAACCCACAGCUGCUCAAGCUGCCAACCCAGCACAGGCUCCUGGACCACAAGUGGACCCAGUGAUGGGAGCGCUGCUGAGUGACCGGAUUGAUUCUGGCAUGGGAGCGGACGAUGUGUUUUCCUCUGGCUUCCACCCGAAGGCUGACGACGCUGCCGCAGCAAACCCUGCAUCUCCGUUGUCGGACGUCUCUGCUCUUGCUACUGCGCUCCCGUCUGCGUUGGAUGAGGACAAGAGUAAGCGCUUGGAUGCUGUCCCCGCUCCUGUAUACACAGAAGAGUCCGAGAGCACAUUGAUGCAGGCACUACUAGUGGGCAACUUCGAAGUGGCCGUCAACUGCUGCUUGGCGUACAACCAACUGGCCGACGCGCUGUUGCUAGCUUCUUGUGGCGGUCCUGAGCUUUGGGAGAAGACUCAGCGCGCAUUCUUCGCUCACCAGCAACGCCCUGUGAUGCGUGUGGUAUCUGCUAUCAUCAAGAAUGAGCUAACCGAGCUCGUCGAGCUUUCGGAUUUGGCUGAAUGGCGCGAGACGUUAGCCAUUUUGAGCACAUACGCUAAGAGCGAAGAAUUCCCGUCGCUGUGUGACAAGCUGGCCACGCGACUGGAGGCCGCUGGCGACUUGCACUCUGCUACGUUGUGCUUCAUGUGCGCCGUGAACGUGGAGAAGACAGUGAAUGCUUGGUGCAAGGAAAGCGAGUUCGAGGCGCGCACGCAUGGCCACACCUUUGCGCUCCACCGUCUUGUUGAGAAGGUGUCUGUGUUCGCGAUGGCUGUCGACCAGCCUGAUCAAUCCAUGGGCUCUGAGGUGGCCCAGCGUUUCGCUGAGUAUGCUUCUCUGAUGGCUGCGGAAGGACGCCUGGAUAUUGCUGCCAAGUACGCACGCUUCCCGGAUCUGAGUUGCGCGAUUUUGAAGGACCGCAUUUACAACGCGUACCCCACACAGGGCUACCAGCCACCUCCGUUCCCGUUCGAUGUGGUUCAGGUUCAGACGCAGGCACAGAUUCAGCAGCAACAGCAACAACGUCAGGCUGCUCAGCAGCAGAGAGGCUACGGUAACAAACCCGCAUAUGGAGCUGGAAGGAACCAGUAUGGUGCUCCUGCUGCACCAACGCCAACUCCUGCCGCCGCUCCGAUGCCUACGCCUGGUGCCUAUGGUGGCCAAGCUGCGGGUUAUCAACCGAAACAACAUACACCGGCUCCGACGCCAGCUUACCCUGGCCGUCCUGGUGGCUACCAGUCGGCACCUCAGCAACCAGCAUACCCGGCCACGCAUGGUCUGCCUCCGCAAGCGCAGCAGCCCGGUGGAUACCCCAACCAGCAGCCUGCAGGAUACCCGAACCAGCAGCAGCCCGCAUACCCAGGUCAGUCAACGCCGUCGCCAUACCCAGGAAACGCGGCGCUGACGCCAUUCCCGGGCCAAUCCACAGCUUCUCCAGUGUUCCCUGGCCAAGCGCAGCAGCACCAGCCACCCCCACAGCAGCCUGGUUACAGUCGUCCGCAGCAGCCAGGCUUCCCAGGCCAGCAUCUGCCCCAACCAGGUUUCCCGUCAGGCCCCCCGUCGUCGUCAGGUAGCCGUCUGCAGAUGUACUCAGGUCCUCCGUCUACAGGCGCACCUCACGUGUCCGGACCUUCUCCGGCGUACGGUGGUGCUCCUCGUCCCGGAACAGGCUUCGGCGCGCCACCUGCCCCAGCUUCUCCAUCCAUUCCUCAAGGUACGGGGAUAAAUCCACUUGCUGCUGCGAUGGGGUCAUCGCGCAUUGCCAAGCCUUCUGUUGAUAUGAGCUCCCACCAACGCGAUGGGUUCGUCAGCAGUGUGGGCAACAAGGAACUGACUCUGAAAUAUGGGAAUGCUACCACAGCCUCUCUCUCGCCCGUUGCAAGCGCUGCCCCGAAGGUUGGCGAGUUCCCUCCGGAUGUUGUGCCCGGUAGCACAGAGAACGUCGGUCCGCAGGAUCUCCCUAUUGUAAACGCGUUCAACGACCUCGUGAGUCAACUUCAGGGCCUCCCUCUCACUAUGGUACGGUGAACAUCAUUGCCACUGUUAAGAAGGCAUGUACCUAAUUAGGUAUUUUGUUGUUUGUGCAGAUGGAACAGAAGCAACUGCAGGAGAUUCAGAAGGGCAAGGAGAUCAUGUUAACCAAGCUCAACAUCGGCGCUUUGUCGCCCGACGUUGUGUCCCGACUGCAUGAGAUGGUGGCGUGCUUCGGACAGCGCGAUUUUGGCAGCGCACAGACCAUCUACGUGGCUCUUACGGCCUCAGAUUGGGCGCAACACAAGGACUGGCUGCGUGGACUCAAGUCACUCAUCCACAUCUCCAUGAAGCGUUUUAGAUAAGCAGUCCACACAGGCGGAUGUGGGUACAGGACAGUAAGCAGAUACAGGUCACCAAGUGAAGUGAUCGCAUAGGUCCACCGUGAGCCCAAUGCAGAUAAAACUAGGAAGUGUUUGUGAGCCUUGUAGCUGCGUGCAGAGUCCUACUACGUACGUGUACGUAGUCGAGCGUAGAAUCUAUCUAGCGAGCCGCACUGUAGACGAAUCUGGAUGUAUGCAACGAGUGGUUCGGGACCCGAAUCGGGUACAGCUAUCCCCUUGGACAUAGUAUUUCAAGUGCAUGGGCACGCAACGCGAAUGAAGUUCAGCGC